CGGGCGGCAUGAACGGGGCGCGGGGCGCGGGCCGAGCGCUGGCCGCGCUGCUGCUGGCGGCGUCGGUGCUGAGCGCCGCGCUGCUGGCCCCCGGCGGCUCCCCGGAGCGCGACGCCGAGGCCGCCCCGCCGCGAGACUGAAGCUCAUCGUCUCUUCUUACUUGAAAUCUGCUGUGGAAACCAGAAGGAGAUUCAGAAGUCAAGCCCAAGUGAUAUAAGACAGAGCUUCUCAACUUUAAAGGACUUAGAUAAAAAAAAGCAUGUAGACCUGAAGAUGGACCAGGCUUUGCUGCUCAUCCACAAUGAACUACAUGGAACAAACCUGACUGUCUUCUGGAAUUCCGAAUGCUGCUAUCACUGCUUGUUUCAGGUUCUGGUAAAUGUUUCCUGGAGUGGGAGACCCGGGAAGCCUAGCAUUGCCGUGGGGGCGGUGAGCACCCAGCAUGGAUCGCUCCUGCAGCUUAAUGACACCUUGGAAGAGAAAGAAGUUUGUAGGCUGGAAUACAAAUUUGGAGAAUUUGGGAACUAUUCACUCUUGGUAAAGCACACCCAUAAUGCAGUCAAUGAAAUUACUUGUGACAUCAUUGUCAACAAGAAUCCAAUUGACAGUAACCUUCCUGUGUGUAUUGCGUUCCUUGUUGGUGUGGCACUCAUCAUUGCAGUAUCCUUUCUGAGGUUCUUGUUGAGUUUGGAUGACUUUCAUAAUUGGAUUUCUAAAGCAAUUAAUUCCCGGGAAACUGAUCGCCUCAUCAAUUCUGAGCUGGGGUCUCCAAGCAGGGCAGGCUCCAUCGGUGGUGAUGCUCAACUGGAAGCAUGGCGUCCACCCACUGCAACACCACGCCUCCGCUGCAUAGACACGUUCAGGGGGAUAGCUCUCAUCCUCAUGGUCUUCGUUAAUUAUGGAGGAGGAAAAUAUUGGUACUUCAAACACUCAAGUUGGAAUGGACUGACAGUGGCUGACCUCGUAUUCCCAUGGUUUGUCUUUAUUAUGGGAUCUUCAAUUUUUCUAUCAAUGACUUCCAUACUGCAGCGAGGAUGUUCAAAAUUCAAAUUGCUGGGGAAAAUUGCAUGGAGGAGUUUCCUGUUAAUCUGUAUAGGAGUGGUCAUUGUGAACCCCAAUUACUGCCUUGGUCCAUUGUCUUGGGAUAAGGUGCGAAUUCCUGGCGUGCUCCAGAGGCUGGGGGUGACCUACUUUGUGGUUGCCGUGUUAGAGCUCAUCUUUGCUAAACCUGUCCCUGAAAGUUGUGCCUCGGAGAGAAGCUGCUUUUCCCUUCGAGACAUCAUCUUCAGCUGGCCCCAGUGGCUCUUCAUUCUGAUGCUGGAAAGCAUUUGGCUGGGCUUGACAUUCUUCUUGCCUGUUCCUGGAUGUCCUACUGGUUAUCUCGGCCCUGGUGGCAUUGGAGAUUUGGGGAAGUAUCCAAAUUGUACCGGAGGAGCUGCUGGCUACAUUGACCGCCUGCUUCUGGGUGAUGACCACAUUUACCAGCAUCCUUCUUCGGCCGUGCUUUAUCACACUGAGGUGGCCUAUGAUCCAGAGGGAAUUUUAGGGACCAUCAACUCCAUUGUGAUGGCAUUUUUAGGAAUUCAGGCAGGAAAAAUACUCUUAUAUUACAAGGAUCAGACCAAAGACAUUCUGAUCAGAUUCACUGCCUGGUGUUGUUUUCUAGGGCUUAUUUCUGUUGCUUUGACGAAAAUUUCUGAAAAUGAAGGCUUUAUUCCAAUAAACAAAAAUCUGUGGUCCAUUUCGUAUGUCACCACACUGAGCUCCUUUGCCUUCUUCAUCCUGCUUAUCCUAUACCCCAUUGUAGAUGUGAAGAGACUGUGGACGGGAACCCCAUUCUUCUACCCAGGAAUGAACUCUAUUCUAGUGUACGUUGGCCACGAGGUGUUUGAGAACUACUUCCCCUUUCAGUGGAAGCUGCAGGACAACCAGUCACACAAAGAGCAUCUAACUCAGAACAUAGUCGCCACUGCUAUUUGGGUGCUCAUUGCCUACAUUCUCUAUAAAAAGAAGGUUUUUUGGAAAAUCUGACAGCUCCAGCUGAAAUGUGUUGCUGGCAGACUCUAGUGGGCCUGGGGGGAGUGCUGAAGCAGCCUUUAUUAAAGGGAACCAUGAAUUAUAAAAUCAGUAGGAUGCGUAUUUCCCAAUGAUUGGGGAACAUGCUGAUGCGCUCUGGCUGUUCAUCAGAACUGUGUCUUUGAGACUUAGAUGUUUGGAAUAUAAUUGUCUUUUUUCUCCACCUUCUAUGUAAAUGGAUAUAUUUAGAACUUCAUUUUAAGGAUUCCUCAUUUAACUCUUCAAAAGGAAACUGCCAUGGGCAUUUUCCUUCUGUGACAGAUAAAACAAUCUAAAGCCUAAUUUUUAUUGAUCUUGUUUUCCUGUAGCCUGCCUUUCCGAGUGCACACAUGCCAACCAAGAAGACCAUCAUUUCUGUUGUGGCUGAUCAGAUGGGAUGUGUAGCGAUGCAGCCUAAUAUUUUUUGUGGUUAAGUGCAGUAUAAUAUUUCAAGAAAGAGUAAUUUCCUUUUCAGAUCUGCAAGGCAUUGGUGGGUCCAAAAAAUGCCUUUCUAUUGGCAGGCAUUCUCUCCUUUUCCCCAUUUGGAAAAGAAGUUAAAAUAUAGAUGUGUUAUUCCCAGCCACUCUUGCUUACAGUUACAAUACUCACGUACCUGUUCGGCUGUGUACCCACUUGUCUGUCUUUCUCACUGUGUGUCUAGACGGUGGCUGGCACCCAGGGCUGUAG